AUGGAUACUCUGACCACUCCUGUCAUGCACACCUCUGCUCCCCCUCCCCACUCAAACACCCCCAACCUGGCCGCUGCAUCCACCAUGACUCCCCCAGCCUUGACCACUCUAGCGGAGAAGGAUGCAGGGAAGUCAGCAGAACACAACAUGAGCCACGCCAGUGAUGGGGUAGCGAUGGGGACGUCUGCAGUAUCUGUUGAUGUGGAUGACGAGACCACUACGACCACUAUAACCACAACCACCAUCAUCACCACCAUGCACAACCCAGGUAAUGUAACACAGCCAGCCUAUGUAGCUACACACUUCUAAUGAUCACCUAUUCUUACCCAGAGACAUACAGUGUAUUAAUUACUAUCAGAUACAAUAUCCUGCACCACAUCUAACACCAGUUUCCAGGGACUGUAUAAUGAACCUCAUGCUCAGAUUCUAAUUAUGCAGUUCUAGAGAUAAUCCUGGGCCUUGGUGGGUUGUAAAGUGGCUGUGUUUCACCCUCUCCAGCACAGCAGCCCUAUGUCUGUCUGUCUGUCUGUCUGUCUGUCUGUCUGUCUGUCUGAGACACCACUGUGCUCACUCUCUCAAUCCUCUCUGUUUGCAGCUCACAUAUCUAAACAGCCAAGGGGCUUAAAUUAAUUAUAACAUCAGUAUUCCUGCUCCUCUCACACUCAAUCAAGAGCUCCUGAAAUUGAGUGGAAACCAGAUUGCAAACAUUAGAUAUUGAGACACAUUUGUGUUACGGUGGGAGUGAAGAAGGAGAAUUUUCAGCCUGGUCUCAUAGACUAGAUAGACGUAACAUAAUAAACGUAAAUACACUAAAAUGAGUAUGAAUGAUACGUUUGGUAUGGCUACAGAAGACAGAUGGUUACUUAAGGCAAAAAACAAAAGGAGGGUGGUUGGUCGGAGUGGAUGGGUUAACGUAUAACACGAAUGUUUAGCAACCCAAAGGUUGCGUGUUCAAAUCUCAUCACUGACAACUUUAGCAUUUUAGAUAAUUAGCAACUUUGCAACUACUUAGCAUGUUAGCCAACCCUACCUUAACCUUUUAACUUAACUCCUAACCCUUAACCCUAACCCCUAGCCUAGCUAAUGUUAGCCAUCUAGCUAACAUUAGCCAAGUAUAGCAAAUUCAUAACAUUUUUUUUACGAAUUGCAAUUGGUAACAUAUCAUACGAAUUGUAAUUCGUAACAUGUCAUACAUAUUGGAUGAUGGACAUGCACAAAUUAAUACAUACCAUACGAAACGUAACAUAUCAUACUAACUGGAUGGGAGAUUUAACAUUUUUAGUCAUUUAGCAGACGCUCUUAUCCAGAGCUACUUACAGUUAGUGAGUGCAUAAAUUUUUUCAUACUGUCCCCCCGUGGGAAUCGAACCCACAACCCUGGCGUUGCUAGCGCCAUGCUCUACCAACUGAGCUACACGAUUUAUGUUUACUAUGUUAUGUCUACCCCUGAGUCCAGGUUGGAAUCGUAAAGUGGAACGCUCCAGAGGCAGUCUCUGCUUCAUUUGUGCUUUACCCAUUGGGACCCCUUCACAACUAAUGAAGGGCAGGAUGGGGAAAUCUCCCAAUAUGUCUGAGAAACACACACACACACGCACACACACACACACGCACACACACACACACACACACACACACACACACACACACACACACACCCCACACACACACACAACACACACACACACACCCCACACACACACACACCACACGUUCCUACUACGAAGCACGCACAUACACACACACACACACACACACACACCACACACACACACACACACACAAACACACACACACACACGUGCCUACAUACGAAGCACGCACACACACACACACGCCUACAUACGAAGCACGCACACACACACACACACACACAACACACACACACACACACACACACCCACAAAUGCCUACAUACGAAGAACACACACACACACACACGUGCCUACAUACGAAGCCCGCACACACACACACACACACACAUGCCUACAUACGAAGUCACCACACAACCAACAAAACACACACACACACGUGCCUACAUACGAAGCACACACACACACACACACACACACACACACACAAAGCACACCACAACACACACACACACACACACCCACACACACACACAACACACACGUGCCUACAACGUAAGCACCACACCCACACACGCACACACACACACACAUGCCUACAUACGAAGCACGCACACACAACACACACACACACACACACACACGGGGCUACAUACGUAGCACACACGCACACACACACCCCACCACACACACACAACACAAUGCCUACAUACGAAGACACGCACGCACACACACACACACCACACACACCACUACACAACACACCCCACAAACCGUGCCUACAUACGAAGCACACACACACACACGUGCCUACAUACGAAGCACGCACACACACACACACACACACACACACACAACACACACACACGUGCCUACAUACGAAGCACGCCACACACACACACACACCACACACACACACACGUGCCUACAUACGAAGCACACACACAGUAACUUCCUGUUGUCAUCCCUCUCUUUGAUAGAAACUCAGAAAGGUCUAAAUAAAAGAAAGCACUUGAGCAGAAAGACCUCAAGGCGACCAGAAAUUGAUUCGGGCAGAAAAUUAGAAAACCUUGAAACACUACUAAUAUGGGGGGGGGGGGGGGGGGGGGGGGGUCUUCUCCAGCUCGCUCCACUCCAUGCCGGUUAGUGAGGGGGUGUCACUGUUCCUCAAUGUUUUCCUUUCCUUGCAGUUCCCUGUAUCUUCAACCUGACAGCACCAGAGGGCUACAUAGAGAUGCCCCAGCCGUCCAGCUCUCAUUACUACUCCUCUGUGGACUGCACCUACACCGUCACGGUCUACAUGGGCUAUGGAGUAGAGAUACAG